AUGGUGGAGGCGCGGUGGCGGCGGCAGCGACAGAAGCGGCGUUGGGGGGUGCCGGUGCUGCUGGUGGUCUAUGUAGGCUAUGUGGGGCUGGGCGCCGGGGUGCUGCAAGCGCUGGAGCGGCCGGCCGAGGCACGGGCGGCUCAGCAUCUCCUGCGGCAGCGCUGGGAGCUGCUUGCCAACCACACCUGCCUGCGGGGACCCGCCCUGCAGCGGCUCAUCGAGGGUAUUGUCCAAGCCUACAAGAGUGGCAUAACUCUCCAGGGAAACACCACUAGCCUGGGCAGGUGGGACUUCAGUGGGUCUUUCUUCUUCUCCAUCUCUGCAAUAACAACCAUUGGCUAUGGGAACCUGAGUCCCAGCACUGCAGCUGGUCGAAUCUUCUGCAUCUUGUUUGCACUCUUUGGGAUCCCCUUGAAUCUUGUACUCCUGAAUGAAAUUGGGCAGCUGAUGCUGUUGGGGGUUCAGCAUUGUGGCCAUCGCCUAGAAGAGGCAUUUCAUUUGCAGGAAAAAUCUUCCCUGCUGAUUAAGACCUCUGCGCUGGUGACUGGCUUGUUAUUGUUCCUUCUCCUACCUCCCUUGUUGCUCUCUGACAAAGAAGGCUGGUCUUAUGAAGAAGGCUUCUAUUAUUCCUUCAUUACCCUCAGCACUAUAGGGUUUGGAGAUUAUGUGAUUGGGAUGAACCCAGACCGUACCUACCCAGGCUGGUACAAGAAUGUAAUCUCUCUGUGGAUCCUCUUUGGGAUGGCCUGGCUAACACUGGUUAUCAAACUUUGCAUCAACUUUCUAGAGAGCUCCAGUGACUUCUGUCAGUGCAACAAGAGCCCGGUAGAAAAGUUCAUGGAUGGCAACAGAAAUAGUACAAAGGGACUUCAUGAUGUAGAGAUCUGCAAUGACAAAGACACAAAAACAAAAGGGCCAGAUGAACCUCACACCUACACAGCUCCUGCAGAAGCACUCUAGGGAAGAAUCAUAUCCUUGGUGUCUCCUAGACAGAGAGAUGCAUCACUUAGAUAUUUGGGAACAGAACUGCCCUGAUGUUCACAUGGGGUAAAAUCUUGCUUAUUGAACUUGAAAUACUUCUAUUCUGAAUAGAGUGGUGACAACAAAAUAUUUCAUUUGCAGCACCACUAAGAAUUACCAAUGGGAAUUAGCCAAAUCUUAGCCAAAAAUAGAUAUUGUCCAACCUCCCAUCUCAAUAUAUGAAGCAAACUUUGACAUCCAUAUGCAAUGCUAGUUGUUGUCCUCUUCUUUACAUGCAAAGUUCUUGUAGUCCCUAAUUGUAAGUAUAGCAUUUUGCAAACACCACAACUAGAAAAACAAGUGCCAUUUAAUGCAGGAAAUGUUGCUGAAAGAGUUAAUGAAAAUUACUAUAUAAAGCCACCUGGCAGUCACUACAAAUGUGCUUCACCACCCAUAUGCUUGUGCUUGCCAAAGGUGGUAACAUGCUUUUGAUAAUUAGUACAUGGAUGGCAACGAGGCAGAGCUCAUACAGGUGCUUAAUAGAAACAUAAUUCCUUUUUUUUAAUAAAUUUCUACAUGAGAGGUCCGCUAAUAUUAAAAAAGACUAGGUAGUUAGGCUGUUCCUUACUCUAGAACUUAUACAGGCUCAUCCUUUAUGAAGUACUAUGUAGACCAAAUGUCAUCAGCUAAUGGGACAGUUCAUUUAGAUAGAUUUUUAUUUUGCCACAUUUUAGAAGCCAUAAAAGGAGGAACAGAGGCAAUUUUAAGUACUAGUGAUUCCAACAUUAUCCCAUGGCCAGUGCUAACAAGGGCAACUUUAAUCUAGAAACAGACUGAAGUGACUUCAACUGUGAUCAAGAAAUACUAUUCUGAUGAACUUCUCAUGUCACAAAUGAGUAGUGUAUCUGUUCUAGCUCACAUCUCUUAUAUAAGCACAACUAUCUUUUUAUCUGCAGAAUGCCAUAUUCUGCAGAAUUUUGCCUUUUUGUCAAUUAUGAAACAAAACUGGUUUGUGUUGCUUUGUGGGGUUGGGAUUUUUCCCACUUCCAUUAAAUUCUACAAAAUCUUUUUAUACAUUAUGCCAUUUAUAAAGACCCAAAAGAGUCAAACUCCUGCUGCCACUUAUGUACCCAUAUCUCAUUUUCUCAUUUUCUUAUUCCUGUUGUGCUAUGUGCGUCUUAGAGCAUUAACUUUGAAAGCUUCAUCAUAGCAGUAAACCAGAAGGAAGCAUUUGGAUAGGCCUUCAGAUUCUGCAUUGGAUCAAGACGUCAUAUGGAUGGUGGAGAAAAGACUGAAAACUUGGAUUUUUGAGGAUUGCACUCAGGAAUUACAAGUAUUCAUAGCUGGAUUUGCAGAAAUGCAGUGAAUGAAAAGUUUACAGUCUUCAAGAAUGCAAGUUCUGAAAUACAUACCAUGAAAAAAAGUAUUUCUACAGUAGGCCAGUCUGAGUGUUUAUACGUGGUGGUACUGAUUACAGAAGAAAAUGCAGGGAAGGAAUCUGCUGGAUGAAAUCUAGUCUGUCAUUUAUUAGCCUUUUUGUCAUCGCCUUUUUCCAACUCCACUGUAAUAAAUAUUCUCUUAAAUACUGUUUGAAUAUGCAGCAGAGAUAAGGAAGAAAGGUAAUGGAAAUCUCAGGUCGUAGUCAGGAAACUGGUGCAAAAUAAACACAUUUGAAUUUUUUGAAGAUUGGAUAAUUUCUUUAACAAACUUUAGCAUCAACUUUUCUGUUUCAUAUAUGUUUUGUCUUGUUUAUUUUCACUGACGCAUAUGCAAUGCAAGUUUUGCUAAUAUUCAUAAUGGACUGGCCUACAAUAAUACUAAAAUGUAUUUAUUUAAACCUAAGUGAAACACAAUUCCACAGCAUAAAAAGUGAUAACCUUUUAUGUA